GUUUUGAAUGACUGGUGCUACAGAACUCCCAGACCUAGAGUUGUGUUAUCAGAUACCAGAAAUAUGAAAAAGUAAUGACGCAAACUAAAUUCUUGUCAACAUAAUCAGAUUGCACUAAUAUGAAAACUCCUAGAGUUGAGGAAAAUUUAAAACUCUUGGUGAAAUCUGAAAAUCUGGAAUGUUUUAUAAUAGAUGUAUCUGGUAAAAUAAAAUAGCCCAAUGGCUUUUCGUUGACAGGUAUGGAUGAGGGAGGCUGUGUCAUCCUGAAGUAUAAGGGAGGCGGGAUGGCUAAUCUGACUUACUCUGGUCGUACCUGUGUCACUCAGUGUUCUGCCAGUAUCAACGGUACAAAGGCCAACAUCGAGAUACCCGACCACUUCUGGUGUCCAGAGAAAGCCACACUUCCAUCAGGCGUUGUCACCAAUGAGCUUCCUGAGGGGCAGCACCCCUAUAUAUUCGUAAACAGUGGAGGAUUGAGGUACGAGGCGGACCAUGCCCGCAAGGCCAUUCUUGAAGGUAAAAAAGAAUGCGAGGCCAUGUCCCAUCGCCACAGUGAGAUGGUAAUGACCAUUACUGAUGAGGUCCGCAAGCAACUUGGUGUGGUGUAUGAUGUUGACUAAAGCAUAGAGUUAUCUCCCUUCAAUAUUUCUUCAUUGGUGCCAUAUAUACUUUACUGUUAUAACUUAGCUAAUCUAUGAUUAAGUUAACUGUUCAUAUACAACAUGAACAGGUGAAUAAGUGACAUAGUUGUUAAAUCUACAUUUUUAGGUCACCUGAGACAAAGUCUCAAGUGACCUAUUGCGAUCGCCUUUUGUCCGUCCUUGUCUGUCGU